GCAAGGGCGGGAGGCGUUGACUGCGCGUAAACAGGCGGCAUUCGUUGUGACAGCCGUUCAAAGGCCGCUUCCUGCAGUGCUCGAAGGAUGGCUAGCGUCCAGCGUUCUCUUGCCGUGCUCCGGCUUCUGUUGUUGUCGCUGUUCGCUUGCAGGCACGGUACCCUCGCGGAUGUAAACCAGUUCUUUAAUGUCUCAUCACUGUGCGCCCGAGAUCGACAUGCUUCGCUUUACAAGACUGUUGACGGCGCCGUGCUCACGUCUGAAAACGACAAUAACCUGGAUUGCAACAUCACCUUCCAGACACACUCCAUCUUGCAGCGUUUCAUGCUUCGCUUUGAAAGGCUGUCCUUGGGCUGCCGCGAUCACCUGGUCAUUUUUGAUGGUGCCCACGCUAUAGGACCUAGCAAGGCAGAUCUGUCUUGUGGAAGCUCCCCCUCGGAUGUGGGGAACACCUCCAUACAAGGAAACUACGUGACCCUCAGGUAUACCACAGACGCUGAGAGUCCACAAGGAAGCGGCUUCAAUCUAAUCAUCACUGCGUACAAGAAUCGCUUAACAGAUCGUAUGCCCAACCUGAGGUGCCUGGACUUUCAGUGUAGCAACACCCUGUGCAUCUCGAGCAACUUGACAUGUGAUGGUGUCAACCACUGUGGAGACAACAGCGACGAGACAAGCCAUGCUUCUUGCGCAGACUAGCUAGCUUGCGGUUUUGAGGCAGAAUGCCUGACGCUUAUGUUUUGCGAGUGUAUCUGUUCAGCUGUCUAUUUCCUAUUUGCAUUUCUAUCUCACCCGUCCCCCAGCGUAGGGUAGCGAAUCUGAUUUUCUUUUUUCUGGUGGACCUCCCGUUAUUUUUUCUCUUUCCCUCGUCUCUCACUCUCUCCAACUGUGCCCAACAAUUUAAAAUUCUGUCAGUUCAACUGCAGGCUGGCGCUAAAAGUGAACGAGUCGCGUAAAUAUUUUCGAUACGUGCACUUAAAAAUGAGCGUCCUUUAGCAAUACAGUGUAAAAGGAUGGUUAAAGUGAGACCAGGACCCGUAUUUGCAAAAGUUGUCUCACGUAAGUGCCGUCCGCGAUUGGCCUCGCGUCCUUGUGACUGUCUUACCGUUAUGCUGACCGCUAUUAUACGCUGCGAUACCAGUGGCUGGUGCCCGAACGCUGACCAACGAUGAAAAAAUGCUCGUGCGUAAGAGAAGCUUUGUGAAUGCGGGUUCGGAUGGACAUUUCUCAUGUUAGGCUGCUGUAUGAUUAUUCAGGACAUGAAUACUGGUGAAUAUGAUUUCAAAUAAAAAUGUCGUUAGAGCAAACCCAAAUAUCGAGUUCUAUUAAUAGAAGUUUUGCGACCAAGGUUUCUGCUCUUCUUUUUUUAACCAAGCACAUACGUGUAUUUUGACCCCUCCCCCAUAUUUUUUUAAUUCCUUCAGGAGUCAUUACGAAUGCAGUUACUAGGCGCACUGAAGGUCAAGUGAAAGUACGUCAAAGGUACAGCAUAUGCAGCUUCAAAGAAACGGUGUGUACAUAUCGAAUGUUGUGGGUGACUAAAAGGUGCAGUAAGAACAGGAAUCGGUGAUUUAUUGUUUAGUUAACCUUUCGUGGCACAUGUAAGUACAGCAUUAUAUAUUGUGCGCUUCCCUUCUCAGCAUUGACUAAGCGCUUGAUGUAAUUUUAGUCUAGAAACUGCACUUCGUUUACUGAUGAUUUAGGCCUACGAAGUAUUAAAGGAAAAAACAAACAUUAAAAUGCAGGAUUUAUUCAGAAACGGGCAUUUCAAAUGUAUUCAAUGAUGAACGUAACCAAUCCAUCACACCAGCGUUUGCGGUGAUAAAAUAUAUUCAAACAUGACUUUUCCCGCUCAUUUGUACUACUCGCACAAAUAUAACGCGAUAAUUGUUAUUUAUUUAUUUAUUUAUUUAUUUAUUUAUUUAUUUAUUUAUUUAUUUAUUCUUUUGGUUAAAAUAAGCCACCUCCCUCCACACAUACACACAGACACGCGCGCACACACUUUUGGGAACUAACUUCCGAUCACUUUUUCUAUGAAAUCCAAAAUCAAAAGGAGGGUCUGACAGAUGGAGUAGCACCCGUGGUAUAAAGGUUACAAACAGGGAUAAGGUGCAUCAGAAAGGCUGGCCAACGUUUCGAUAGGAGGACCUAUCUUUCUCAAAGGUGGCCUCGUCAUCCUCGGCAUGUUAGUUUUAACGGGAUAGUGGAGUGACGUCAUGUGCGGUCGUUGUCCGUGGUGGCUGGCUGUAGAGGGAGAGAUUGAAAAGCAAAUGAGCGCUGAGGUUUGACGGCUCUGGGCAUAGUUUCCAAGAUGAGGGGACAGGAUCGGGAGAGUGAAGGCGGCCGAAAAAGAAGAAAGAAAAACGUAGAGAAAGAGAAGGACAGAGGACGGUGGCGUGUUGGGGGAGCGUGAGGUUAGGGAGCUUUCAGAGGUGUCGUAGGCGGCAUGCGUUUGUGUUUAGAAGAACGUAUCAUCAUCAUCAUCAUCAUCAUCAGCCUAUUUUAUGUCCACUGCAGGACGAAGGCGUCUCGCUACCAUCUCCAAUCACCCCUGUCCUGCGCCAACCGAUUCCAACUAGCACCCGCAAAUUUCCUAAUUUCGUCGCACCACCUAGUCUUCUGCCGUCCUCUACUGCGCUUCCCUUCUCUUGGUACCCAUUCUGUCACCCUAAUGGUACAACGGUUAUCUAGUCGGCGCAUUACAUGACCUGCCCAGCGCCGUCCUUUUCUGUUAAUGUCUAUUAGAAUAUCGUCUAUACCCGUUUGUUCUCUGAUCCAAACCGCUCUCUUUCUGUCUCUUAAAGUUAUGCCUAGCAUUCUUCGUUCCAACGCUCUGUGCGCGAUCCUUAACUUGUUCUCAAGCCUCUUUUUCAGUCUCCAAGUCUCUGCUGCAUAUGUCAGCACCGGUAAAAUGCACUGAUUGCAGGCACGUACGCGGAAUUUUUUUUUUUUUCGGGGGGGGGCAACCCAAGGCAACUUUUUUGUGCAAAUGAGGGGGAGGGUACUUUUACUAGUACAGAUGUGAAUAACGCCCACCAUUUUCCAUAAAGACGCGUAAGGCCGCAAAAGAGAAAUAAAAUAACGUGUAUCUUACAGGUGCGCCUUUGAGAUACACCUCUUCUUUACUUGGCAAACAAAGAACCACAUCAAAUGGACUCGUGCAUGAAAGAUGCGCAGGAAGAACCUUGCCAAGAACAAGUUAACAAGCGAAAGUGCAAAAUAAAGAUUUCUAGUAGCGUUGUUUUGAAUUAGCUCUGGAAGAAUUAUAGAGAAAUCUAUAUGUGCGUAGCAAUCUCAGUUCUUUUGUAUCCCUCGUUUAUUGCUCUACCAAGUAGCAAAACCGACUCGUGUUGUUAUUUGGGAAGUUGAGUAACGAUGCGUGCUCACCAGUCCCGUAC